AUCCUAACUAUUGAAGAUAGUACCACUAACAAAAAGGAAAAACAAAACUAAUACCAAUUGUACUACUACUCUUUGUAGUUUCCUCUUCAUUUGUUUUUGAGAAAGAAAAAAAAUCUAAAAAAGUAUAGAAAUGGCUAUUUCAACAAAGUUCUGCCUCAAUCUCUCCCCUCAACCUCCUCCUACUUCUAAUUAUAAUAACUCAAUUCCCCCACCUUCAAAAAAAACUCAACUUUCUUGGCAACGAAAAGAAAAAUCAUGGAAAAAUCAAUGUGUAUUAGGAAUGGCAUGUGUUGUAAUUAUUGGAUUAGAAUUUGACGAUUCAAUUUUAGUUAAUCAAGAAAGUACGAUCGCGAUCGCCGGAGACAUGCAAUUACAAUAUGUCGCCGGAAAAUCAAUACAAAAAUGGAGUGAAAAAAGAUCAUGCCCACCGUGGAACGUGAACUCGUUAGAAACCAUCGUGCCGGAAAACUUACCGAGGCCGGUGACUCGCCGGAGAUGGGAAAACGUUGAUUAUAAUACUACUACUCAAUCUGCACCUGAAGUAAAGUUGGUGACAAAAUUUAGUAAAGGAUGUUUCACUAUGUGAACAUAGUAAUUAAAAGUUUAAUGUGUAUAUAUAGAUACGGAGUUCAACUGAAUUCCCUUAGUCGAUAAUAGGACAAAAAUAUUUUUCCUGUUUUAUAUGAACAUGUGAAGUCCAUGACAUAAUAAAACAUAUAGUCUAGUUAUAAUUUGUAUAAUGUUAUUUUAGGUCGUAAGUUUAAAUUC